UCUCUCUCUCUCUCUCUCUCUCUCUCUCUCUCUCUCUCUCUCUAGUUCCUCUUUCUCUCUCCUCUGACGCACUCAACCUGCGGUUUACUACCUGUGCGUAGCGAAGCUUGUCGGGCCGAUCCAGAGGUGUUUCUAGUGAGGAGCAGGACAGGACAGAAGUGUGUGAAGAGACUGCUGACAGACUGAACGACUGUUCUCAGGAAGUUGCUCACCUGCCUGCUGUGUCUGUCAGUGAUGAGAAUGCGACUUGGGAACUGAUUCUUUCUCCCUCAGUCUCCUGAAAUGCCAAACCUGGACUGACUGAUGGAUGUUUCUGAACUGUUUGAAAUGUUUCAGACUCCCUCUGUCAUCACGACCAGUUGCUGAGCAGGAUGCCCUCUGACCUCCAGGAGCGUCACCUGACCUCCAGCUGUGGCUCCUAUAUCAAGACCGAGCCCUCCUCCCCCUCCUCCUCAUUGGUUGACACCAUGAGCCACCACAGUCCCUCUGCCAAUAGCGACGCCAGCGGCAGCUACAUCAACGUAAACAACCUCAACGGACGCUCGCACGUCCUCAACUCCCCGCCCAUGUUCAACCCGGGCAUGCUGGGAGGGGGCGGAGCCUGUCUCCGGAGGUAUGACGACUGCGGAGAGGGCGUGGCGGAAGAUUCGCCAAUCAAGUGCGAGUAUAUGUUGAAUGCAAUACCAAAAAGGCUGUGUCUGGUGUGUGGGGAUAUCGCAUCAGGUUACCACUAUGGGGUCGCCUCCUGUGAGGCCUGCAAAGCCUUCUUCAAAAGGACCAUACAAGGGAACAUAGAGUACAGCUGUCCAGCCACUAACGACUGUCAAAUCACCAAGAGGAGACGCAAGUCCUGCCAGGCCUGUCGCUUCAUGAAGUGUCUCAAAGUGGGCAUGCUCAAGGAGGGUGUGCGUCUGGAUCGUGUGAGGGGUGGGAGACAGAAGUACAAGAGGAGAAUGGGGGACACAGAGAACGGGGCCUAUCUAGGCUUGACACUCCCCCCUCCUGCCAAAAAGCCACUGACAAAGAUCGUGUCUCACCUGCUGGUGGUUGAACCAGAGAAGAUCUAUGCCAUGCCAGACCCGACCAUGCCAGACGGAUACAUCAAGGCCCUGACCACACUGUGUGACCUGGCUGACAGAGAACUGGUGGUUAUUAUCGGCUGGGCCAAACACAUCCCAGGAUUCUCCAGCCUGUCUCUGGCAGACCAGAUGAGUCUACUGCAGAGUGCCUGGAUGGAGAUCCUGGUCCUGAACAUCGUGUUCCGCUCGUUGGCCUGCGAGGAGGAGCUGGUGUAUGCUGAGGACUAUGUGGUGGAUGAGGAACACGCUCGUCUAUCUGGCCUGCUGGAUCUGCACGUUGCCAUCCUGCCUCUGGUCCGACGCUAUAAGAAGCUGAGCAUGGAGAAGGAGGAGUUUGUCACACUUAAGGCUAUCGCCCUCUCCAACUCAGACUCCACGCAUAUAGAGAAUGUGGAGGCUGUUCAGCGGCUCCAGGACUCUCUCCAUGAGGCCUUGCAGGACUUAGAAGGUGCCCACAACACGGAGGACCCUCGGCGGACAGGAAAGCUGCUGAUGACCCUUCCCUUGCUCCGUCAGACCGCCGCCAAGGCAGUGCAGCACUUCUACAGCAUCAAAGUGCAGGGAAAAGUGCCCAUGCACAAACUCUUCCUGGAGAUGCUGGAGGCCAAGGCUUGAUAAUUGGGCGGGGAGGCUUGAAUGACAGCUGCAUCGCCCAAUGAGGAUGAAGGACAGGCCCUGAAUAGGUGGGGUGAUGCCAUGGAGACCUAUGAUAGUGACAUUAUAACGCUGAUAGUUGUUUCUAUGGAACGAAAUUAAUGAGGAAUACAGGGAAACGAGACAAACUGAUUUUAGGGGUGAAUAUAUAAACACUGUGGAAUAUAGUCAUGUAUAUAAAGAUGCUGUGUACAGAACUGCUGUUAUAAUCAGAGACUCUUGGCUCUAGAUCACCUGUAACUACUGAGAGGUUUGGUUUCUUUUCACCCUGUGAAUAGGAAUAAUAUGAUCCGAUUGGUUAGAGCGACUCAAGUAUCUGAUCAAUCUGAUUGGUUAGAGCUACUCGAGCAUCUGAUCAAUCUGAUUUGUUAGAGCUACGUGAGCAUCUGAUCAAUCUGAUUGGUUAGAGCUACUCGAGCAUCUGAUCAAUCUGAUUGGUUAGAGCUACUCGAGCAUCUGAUCAAUCUGAUUGGUUAGAGCUACUCGAGCAUCUGAUCAAUCUGAUUGGUUAGAGCUACUCAAGCAUCUGAUCAAUCUGAUUGGUUAGAGCUACUCAAGCAUCUGAUCAAUCUGAUUGGUUAGAGCUACUCAAGCAUCUGAUCAAUCUGAUUGGUUAGAGCUACUCGAGCAUCUGAUCAAUCUGAUUGGUUAGAGCUACUCGAGUAUCUGAUCAAUCUGAUUGGUUAGAGCUACUCAAGCAUCUGAUCAAUCUGAUUGGUUAGAGCUACUCGAGCAUCUGAUCAAUCUGAUUGGUUAGAGCUACUCGAGCAUCUGAUCAAUCUGAUUGGUUAGAGCUACUCGAGUAUCUGAUCAAUCUGAUUGGUAAGAGCUACUCAAGUAUCUGAUCAAUCUGAUUGGUUAGAGCUACUCGAGUAUCUGAUCAAUCUGAUUGGUUAGAGCUACUCAAGCAUCUGAUCAAUCUGAUUGGUUAGAGCUACUCGAGUAUCUGAUCAAUCUGAUUGGUUAGAGCUACUCAAGUAUCUGAUCAAUCUGAUUGGUUAGAGCUACUCAAGCAUCUGAUCAAUCUGAUUGGUUAGAGCUACUCGAGCAUCUGAUCAAUCUGAUUGGUUAGAGCUACUCGAGCAUCUGAUCAAUCUGAUUGGUUAGAGCUACUCGAGUAUCUGAUCAAUCUGAUUGGUAAGAGCUACUCGAGUAUCUGAUCAAUCUGAUUGGUUAGAGCUACUCGAGUAUCUGAUCAAUCUGAUUGGUUAGAGCUACUCGAGUAUCUGAUCAAUCUGAUUGGUUAGAGCUACUCGAGUAUCUGAUCAAUCUGAUUGGUUAGAGCUACUCAAGUAUCUGAUCAAUCUGAUUUGUUUUUUUCUCUCUUGUUUGUUUAUUUAUGUCAGUUGUAUAACAUUAUAGUCUGCUAUAUACAGUCCCAGUCAACAGUUUGGACACACCUACUCAUUUAAGGGUCUUUCUUUUUUGUUGUUGCUACAUUGUAGAAUAAUAGU